AUGGGUUCCUUAUUCUCUUCCACUGCCGGCGGCGACGGCGGCGCCGCUGCCUUUGAUUACGCCAACCCUCCCCCAGGCAGCCGUAUGUCAAAAGAAGAUAUCGUCGCCUUCCGAAUUUCUCAGCUUGUUGACGUCGCCCUUGAACAUUACAACUCCAACAACCCGGGUGCCGAGUUCGAGUAUCCUGAGUAUCCUCCCACCACAGAGAUGAACGCCGUCUGCAUCGGUUUUAGGGAAACUUUCUGGUACCACCUCGGCUUUUCGGCUCGCCCAGUGGAUGCCACCGCCGAGACGCAACACUUCUUUGCCGAGCUAUAUUUUGAUAGACGCUGGUGCCAAAUAGUCGUUGAAACAUGCACUAUCUUAGAAAAGCCGUUGUGCCGCUUUAGAGCCUCGUGUGCAUUUUGUCCAGAUGAAUCCAAUGUCUUGCACCCAAGCAGUGCAGAUUUUUUCUGUGGAAAACAAGAUCACGAAAAAGAAUUCUUUCGCAAGAGAGAUAUGCUAGUGCGGCCAUUCAAUUCUUUUAUGACACCUCCUGAUAUAGAUAGCACCGACGAUCCAUGA